AUGGCUGACAGCCCCGGAUUCCGCAGAAGAAUCCUUCUGCUUGCCACAACAGGCGGUUUCACUCAUGCAGCUCCAGUUCUCGAAAUAGGCGCUGUGCUCGCCUCUCGAGGCCAUGAUGUGCAAUUCGCUACCUGUGCAGGUCAGGAAGAUUGGACAGCCAAUUAUCCCUUCAUAAAAACCGUAUAUACCGUUGGCCCCGCCGCUUCGGAAGAUGACUUGGAUGUCCACUACGAAUCAAUGCGACUUUGGCGUCAUGAGCACGGCUUCGGCCCCAUGAUGAGGUCAAAAUACUUUUUUGAUAACUUCUGGACUGAUACUUACAAAUCUCUUCGAUCUUUAUGUGAAAAUGACUCUACGAGGCCUGACUUCAUCGUUGCAGAUUUCUUCGCCGACAGCGCCGCGAGGGAUAUGCUCAAACAGUUCAAUAUCCAACUAGCGAGCGUCUGGCCUCAAAUGCCUUAUGCCAUGGCUCCUGUUAGCUACCAUCCCGGCCAACCUGGAUUCCAAGCCGAUGGUGUUUUGACUUCGGAGCAUGCUUCUCUGUCAUCACGGUUCUGGAACGAAUUUGUGGUUCUCGCCGCGUUGCCUACUAUCAUCCCCUGGUUAAUAUGGACCAAACGAAUGCGCGUUGAUGCUGGCGUCAACUAUAGCCACUCUCUUCUGUCUAAGCCCGAUUAUCUUGUUCUGGUCAACUCCUUCUGGGGCCUUGAAGCGCCGAAGGAGUUGCCGCCUCUUAUGGCACCUGUGGGACCUAUCUUGAGCGACGAAUACCUUCCAUUGGACCAAGACCUGGCUCAGUUUCUGAGUAGCCAUGAUAGGACCAUCUACGUGUGCCUGGGGACGCAUGUCAACCUUCCAGGUGAAGAACUUGAGAAGUAUCUCAUUGGAUUCAUCCAAGCUCUCGACGAAGACUCGAUCAAUGGAGUCAUAUGGUCUAUUCCUCAAAAGCCUCGCGCCAAUUUCGACAUUCUGAAGUCUUAUAGUCUAUCUGAUGGCUCUAGCAUAUCCAUAGCUGAUCUUCUGAACGACUCUCACCCGCAUUUUCGGCUUCCCAUCUUUGCACCGCAGCGAGCCAUCCUAGCACACCCUAACACUGUCCUUUUUCUCACUCAUGGAGGCGGCUCCAGUGCAAACGAAACUCUCUUCCAUGGAACACCGGUCCUCGCCAUCGGAUACUUCUUCGACCAGCUCUGCAACAGUGCCCGACUAAAAGCUGCUGGUGUGGGUAUGUCUCUCGACAAAUCCUACCUCACACCAUCUUCCAUCUCCUCCGCUAUUGCAGAAAUCAUAAAUGACGAAGAUGGUUCCUUUGCAAUGAAUGUCCGUCGUAUGCAAGGCAUAGCAGCUCUCAACUCUAAACGCAAACAUCUUGCUGCUGAUCUCAUUGAGGAAGUUAUGAUAGACCAAGAACUUCGAUUCAAGAAAGGUGCUGAGUUGCGACCAAUGCAUCUGCAGACAGCAGAUAUGCGUAUGCCUAUAUGGAAGGCGAGAAAUUGGGAUAUGUGGUCCAUAAGCCUCACGGGCCUCGCAGUUGGUGGCGUGGCAAGUUGGUGGUUUGCAACACAUGGCUGGAAGAAGUUACCGGUCAUACUGGCACGCCUUUUAGGUCCUGAUCUGACGUCGCGCAGGAAUUUCGAUUCACUUAAUAAACUGCCAACUCCAGAAACGACAUCUCACAACACGAACUCACCACAAUCGCAAUGUCAAGAGCCAAUGGUCCUCUACGAACAUGCCUGCGGCAACUCCCCAGCUCCCCUCCGAUCGAUAGCCGCUACACCCCGCGCCUUCUGCACGUCUCCCUCUCUGCUCAAGAAGCGCAAGAUCACAGCCCCUAGCAAUAGCCCCAACAGCGCCAAUGCAAAGGCAGCUGCAGGCUCUAUGAACAAGGCCGAGUUCGACACUGCAAAGGUGCCGAUGCCCGAUCCGGAAGAUCCCCUCGAUUUUACAGCUGUUGUUGCUGCGUAUGCUCCUAUUGAUGCGCACUUCAAGACCCAGCUGGCGGGUAUGAUCCAUGGUGGACGAUUCAAUCCAACUAAUUUGGGAUCGCUGCCUGUGCCCAUGAAGGAUCAUGAAGGCAAUGAUGUAACAUUUCCCCUACGAGAGCUGGCGCAAGUCGUUCCUCGAUCUGGCCGAGCUAUUUCACUGCUCGUGAACGACAAGGAGUACAUCAAGCCUAUCAUGUCAGCGGUGCAAGCAAGUCGUGAGUUCAAUCAGCAACCGCAGCGAUCAGAGGACAACGAGCUUGAGCUUCUUCUCAAGGUGGAGCUCGAGCGCAAGGACGACGUCGAGCGACGAAUUAAAGAGACAGUACAGCACUGGAAGGAUCGCAUUCGCAAUGCCAGAUCCAGACAUGAAAAGACACUCAAGGACUGGAAGAAGUCAGGUACUGUCCUCCCUGACAUUGUCAAAAAGGCCGAGAAGGAGCUUCAAAAGGUACAAGACAAGAAGAUGAAGGAAAUCGACCAGGAAGAAGCACAGACCAUCCGUCAACUAUAG